CAACUUUAUGAAUUUGUCAAUGUCAAAUAACCAAGAAAGAAAACAAAUUUUUUGGAGUGAUGAUUUCAGUAUUUUCCUAAAUUAUGCAAGAAAGUUUCCACAAAUCUCAAAUCACGUUUAAUAACUUUUACACAGAUCUAAACAAAUAUUUUCAAUGUCAUGGUUCACGGAACUCGCCGGCAAGGCAGAAACUCUCCUCAACAAUAUCGACGAACAGACUGGUGCAGCAUUACGAAACCAUAGUGCGAUAAAAAAUAAAAAAUAUGACCAUGGGUCUCAUAGUGAAAACUCCAGGAAUCAGAAUAGACGGCCACCACUUUGGGCGCCUAAAAAGAUUCAUUACGAAAUGGAUCGUUCUCCAUCCCCUGUAAAAAAGAGAAUAGUUAUACCUAAUGUGUAUACAAGUGAAAAUAAAUCACAAGAACAAGUGAAAAUGAAAUCUCCUGUAAGAAAAUCAAAUUUGGUGAACUCGUCGCCUAUUUCUCCUAGAUUUUCUGGGAUUGAAAACAAACCCAUUGAUUGGGCUGUGGAUCAAUUUGGAAUACGAAGAAGAAGAAAUACUUUUUCCGGUGAUGUGAGCUCUUUGCACAUGGAUAAUGUAUAUAAAGUGCAGAACCUGGAGGUGGAAAAUGCAAUGUUGAAAAAUGAAAUUAAUGUUAUGAACAGAGAACUAUCUGACCUGAUGGAUAGAUUACGGAAAACUGAAGAUGAUCUAUGUCGUUACAAAAAUUCACCAAUCAAUGAAGGCUUGGAUGCUCGUAACUUGAAGGUAGAUAAUGAAAUGCUAAGGUCACAGCUGGAUCAAUUAAAACAAAAGGUCGUAGAUCUUAGUACUUCGGAUGUUAAGAAUAAAGAGCAUAAUCAUGAACUAGAGGCAGAAGCAAUUGAGCUUAGAAGUGGUAACCGACAACUGGAAGAGAAAUACAAAAUAUUAAAUGAUGAAUUAAAUAAAAAGGAAUCAGCCAUAUCUAAGGUGGAGGCAGAAUUGAGACAUGCGCAAAGUGUGAUUAGUGAACAACAAGGUAGUCUAGAGAAAUCAACAUCCGAGUGCCGUAGGUUAGAGAAAGACUGGGAAAGUUAUAAAUUGAGAGUGAAGAGUAUGCUUUUCUCUAAAGAUGAAGAAAUUAAGAAACUAAGAGAAGGUUCCAAUCUGGCAGAAGAUACAAAACAAUUGAUUGAACAGAUGAAGGUUUUAAAGGAAGAACGGGACGAUCUAUCAGAACAGAUAUCAAAGGUGAAGGAAGAGAGUGAAAGGAUAAAAUCGUCAAUGGGUGAUAUGGUAUCCCGGAACUCUGCGGUGGAGAGGAUUGUGAUUGCAUUACGAGAUGCAUUGAAGGAAGAACGGUCAGCGAGGACUCGGGCUGAAAUGGAAUCUGUUAGCCUGGGAAAGGAAUUGAAAGCGAUGCACGUAGAGAUGGGGCAGACUAUCGCGAAGCUGCGAGCGUCGCUGCAAGCUAAAGAAGCGGAGUUGACCAACAUGAGGGAGAGUGAGAGCGCGCCCACCUCUGACGUCAGCUCGCUUAAUGUCGCCGAUUAUGAUGUGGCACAAGCUGCAAUGGAUAGCGAAAGGGUCCAACAUCUGUCGCAGUUGUUGGUGCAGAAGCAAGGCAAGGUAGAAGCACUUUUGGCGGAUAACAAUACACUCAGGAUACAGUUGGAUAAAUUACAGACGAAGUACCGCACGGAGGCGGGCGCGCGCGCGCCGCUGCACAGCGUGGUGGUGUCCGCGCCGCGGCGCUACUCGCCCGCCGACACGCUCGCCAAGAUGUCGCUGCGCAUCGGACACAUGAGCCGCCGCUACCCCGUGCUGCGAGUCUUUAUUAUAUUUUAUAUGAUUGGCCUACAUCUAUGGGUUUUCACAGUUCUAUUUACAAGUACACCAGAAACCUUCACAAGACCCAGCAAAACGUAACAUUUCUCGUUUGUGUUAUGAGGUUAAAACUGUUGUUGAAUUGUUAAGAAUCCAUUGCGGAUAUCCAUUUAUGGAUAAUAUGUAUAUCCAGGAUUCGGUGCUUUUCAUAAAUUCUUGUUAUUUCAUACAUUAUUGGUAAUCAUUAUUAAACUCAUGAAAUAUAGUUUUUAAACAUUGUUUCAUAAUUUUAAUUGUAUUCUAUUCUUACUUUUGUUUAUAAAGUUAUGCUCAAAUAUCAUUUUUCUCCGCAAUGGCUUCAAAAUAAUUCAACAAAACAUGUUUUUUUCUAUUUGUAAGCCAAAACCUAUCUUUCGUCGCCAUAAAACCCAUCGACUAAUGUUUGUGCAAUAAUACUAAUUUUAUGUCACAAAUUAUUUUUAAUUCUAUUUUUAAGUGACAAGAUAAAGAAAUAUCUCAUCUAAAUGUAAAUUUUGGUAUAAAUAUUUCAGAGUAAUAUGAAAUCUACGUCUAUCAAGUGCUCAUUAUUUUAAAAUCUAUUUUUAGAUCUAUUAGGAAUUUUACUAUCUCCUAGCUGCUCAUAUUCUCAAGCUCCAUUGCCUUUUUUGGGUUAUUUUUGGGUAAAAAUAAGGUAAAACCGAGUUAUUAUCAUUGGGGAAGACCCAACAUGUUUCCAACCAUAGUAAUAGUACAAAACUCAGUAUUUGUAAAAGUUAUAUAAUAUUGUUUUAUUUGUUUUACUAAGGGCCUGUCCCACCACUGGCUGAUAGAGGUUCAGAUAGCUUAAAAUG